AUGAGUCAAGACCCAUCGCGUCGCACAAGCUUCGGGAUGUUACUUCGACGCAGCAAGUCCGGCGACCUGGGGAAGGGGGGCAGGAAGCACAGAGAACAAGAACAACGCCAGCAGGUGCCAAAGUCCCCUCCCCGCCUACCUGAUAUCUACAAUGGACUUCCAGCUCCCGACCUGCAAUCCUUUGGAGGAGACGGACGUCCCGAUUCCCUAGCCAUUGUCUCGGGCCAGGCACACCAGCCUCGAUAUCAGCCAAAGUACCCUCCUUCAGGACGCGCUUCUAUGGACCCUGGCCGUCCUUCCUUUUCGUCCAUGCCUCCGAUGCCGCCAAUGCCCGCCGAGCCGGUGGUUGACCCCUAUGCUCGUACUGAGAGCAUGACGCACCGUGGAAGAUAUAGCUAUGCCAGUACUGCUGCCACCAGCAUCAACAGCCCGAGGCGAGUCCGCCGGCGCAAGGACCCAACUCCGUUCAAUAUCUUGAUCAUGGGUACUCGCGGUUCUGGCAAGACCUCUUUCCUCGAGUUUUUGAAGCAGGCCUUCGCAUUGCCGGAGAAGAAGCGUUCGCAGCGCGCCAACGAGAUCGGCGAGGAGGUCACCAUGAAAGCCACUGCGUCUGGCAAUUUCAUUCCCCAUUACCUGGAGAGCGACAUUGAUGGUGAACGUGUUGGCCUGACUUUGUGGGACUCGGAGGGCUUUGAAAAGAACAUUGUCGAUCUCCAGCUGCGCGAAAUGUCGGCCUUUUUGGAGAGCAAGUUCGAGGAGACUUUUGCCGAAGAAAUGAAGGUGAUAAGAUCACCAGGCGUACAGGAUACGCACAUUCACGCGGUAUUCCUCAUCCUCGACCCAGCUCGUCUUGAUCGCAACAUAUCCGCUUCCAAGUCCCUGAGCAAAGACCCUUCUCUGUCACCUACCGUGGGCGUCCUUGACGAGGACCUUGAUUUACAGGUGCUGCGCACCCUGCAAGGAAAGACAACAGUCAUCCCCAUCAUCUCCAAAGCCGAUACAAUCACCUCUAAGCACAUGGCCAUCCUGAAGAAGAAUGUAUGGGCAAGUCUCAAAAAGGCAAACUUUGACCCGCUUGAAGCACUCGGCUUGGACGAAGACGACUCGGAUUCUAGCAGAAUCGACGAAGCUGACGAGGAUGCCGAGGAAGAUGCCCCCGAGGACGACCAAGGCUCGCCGGAUGAAGCCGAGCACAGUGAAGAAAGUACUGGCAGCGACGCAUUCCCCAUCCAAGGCCAAACAACACCUGGCCACAAGAGACAACCAAGCUCAGCGUAUAAGAACAAGCAGUCCGCUGAAGAGGACACUAACGAGGUUCCGCUGCUCCCCAUGUCCAUCAUCAGCCCCGAUCUGUAUGAGCCAGAGGUCAUUGGACGCAAGUUCCCGUGGGGAUUCGCCAAUCCAUACGAUGAGGAGCACUGCGACUUUACUAAGCUCAAAGAUGCAGUCUUCAGCGACUGGCGAGGCGACCUCCGAGAGGCCAGCCGGGAGCAGUGGUACGAAGGCUGGAGAACCAGUCGCCUGAAGCACCGAGAGCCAUCCGUUCGACGCCGAUAG